UGCCUGGCGGGGGCGAAGGUCGCCCCGGCCCAGCCGCCACCAGCAGCGCCAGCCAGCUGCUCAGAGGGUCUGGCCAGGGGACGGCCACCAAGAUGGGGGCUUGGGCCCUGCUGCUGUCACUGCUCAUGGCCACGGCCCGGGCCCAGGUCUGCUCUGUGAGCGACACCAUCUUCGAAGUCGCAGAGAACACUAACCGGCCUGAGCCCCUGGCUGACAUCUCUGUCCCCGCGGGCCAGCAGGUGACCCUCGGACCGUCGUCCACGCCCGACGCCUUCCGGAUCCAGGGGACUCAGCUCUUUCUCAACGUGACCCCCGACUAUGAGGAGAACACGAUGCUGGAGGCGCACCUGGAGUGCAGAAGUGGCGGCACCGUGGUGACGCAGCUCAGAGUCUUUGUGUUUGUGCUGGACAUCAACGACAACCCGCCCAAGUUCCCCUUUCAAGUCAAGGUGGAGAAUGUGUCUGAGGACACUAAAGUGAGCACCAUCGUCAUCCCUGCGACGGGACUGGAGGCCCAGGAUUGCGACCAGGAUGACAUCUUGUUCUAUACCCUCCAGGAGGUGACCCCGGGCGCCGGUAGCUUCUUCUCCCUGGUGGGCACCAACCUCCCCGCCCUGCGGCUGGACCGGCGCCUGGACUUCGACGCGCAGCAGAGCAUCGACUUCCUGCUGCUGGUGCGGGACACGCGGGAGGAAAACGCAGAGCCCAGCCACACGGCCACGGCCACCUUGAUCCUGGAGGUGCAGCCUGCGGACCUUCGCCCCCCCUGGUUCCUGCCCUGUGCCUACUCAGACCACCACGUCUGCAUCAACGCCGAGUACCACGGUGCUGUCCCCACGGGGCACCAGCUGCCAGGCCCCCUCGUGCUCCGUCCAGGGCCCGUCCACGCCGUGGACGGGGAUCAGGGCAUCAGCCAGCACAUCCUCUACAGCAUUGUGCGGGGACAAGAAGAUGGCACGUUUGCCAUUGGCGCUGACUCGGGCAAUCUCACCAUGACCAGAAGUGUCCCCAGCCCAAAGACCUUCACUCUGGUGGUCAAGGGUGAGCAGGCAGACGGCGCCCGCUACUCGGUGACCUGGGUCAAGAUCGAGGCCCGAAAUGCCGCCGGGAGCCCGCCCUACUUCGCCAAGAGCCGCUACCACGGCACGGUGGCACGCGGCUCUGGAGUAGGCGUGGAGGUCAAAGACGCGAGCACUCCCUCCCUGCCUCUGAGGGUCCGGGCCCAGGACCCUGACUUUCCGGACCUCAACUCUGCCAUCACCUACCGCGUCACCAAUAACACUGACUUCCGGAUGGAUGGCGAGACCCUGCUGACCGCCUCCCUGUUGGCCGACGAGGGGGUCUUCUACGCAGAGGUUGAGGCCAACAACACAGUGACCGCGGGUACAGCCCGCACGGUGGUGGAGAUACAGGUGCUGGAGUGGGAGGAGCCCACCCCCCCCACAGGACCCCCCGAGACCCCCACAUCCCCAGAGACUGGAAGAACAAGCCGGCCCCCCAGCAGCACCACGUUGGAAGCCCCCAGACCCCCGGGGCCCUCUCAGGGACCCUCGACGACCAGCUCUGCGACCCCGGGGCCCUCUCAGACGACCAGCUCUGCGACCCGGGGGCCCUCUCAGGGACCCUCGACGACCAGCUCUGCGACCCCGGGGCCCUCUCAGGGACCCUCGACGCCCAGCUCUGUGACCCCGGGGCCCUCUCAGGGACCCUCGACGACCAGCUCUGUGACCCCGGGGCCCUCUCAGGGCCCACAGCCCCCUUCAAGCACAAUUCCAAGGCCACCUGCCUCAUCUACGCCUGGCGGGCCCCCCAGCGUGGAAACCAGCACCUUCCUCCCAUCAGCUUCAACCAGCGGGGGCUCAACACAGUCGCUGAAGCCAGGAACCUCUCAGCCGAUGCCCUCUGGGCCCAGCAGAACUCCCCAAACCUCAGGGCCAGCCCAGACUGGAGGAGGCAGCACUGCGGGGACCCCCGGGGACGGCGAGCCCGGUGUCGGUGCCGCCGGGGACCGGCGCUUCUCUGUCGUGGACAUGGCGGCCCUGGGCGGGGUGCUGGGCGCACUGCUCCUUCUGGCUCUGCUCGCCCUGCUUAUCCUGGUCCACAAGCACUACGGCCGGCAGCUCAAGCGCUGCUCUGGGAAAGCUGUGGAGCAGCCCCUCAGCUUUGACAAUGAGGCCUUUGAUGCCCCCCAGGAGGCCAACUGGGCGCCAGCUCCCUACUCCUCCCCUGGUCUCAUGCGGGCGGCCCCGGAGCCCGCGGAGCCACCAGAGCCUGCGCUUCCGGAGCCCCCCAGCACUACGACCCUGCGUCCAGCCUCAGAGUCCCCCGAGCUGACCCGCGAUGGAGGCAGCCCAGCGGCCGUGAGGUCCAUCCUGACCAAGGAGCGGCGGCCUGAGGGUGGCUACAAGGCCGUGUGGUUUGGGGAGGACAUUGGGGCUGAGGCCGACGUGGUGGUCCUCAACACGCCCGCCUCCGACGCGGCUGGCGCCAACGACUCUGGCAGCGAGGCCAGCAGCGACGAGGAAGCAGAUGCUGGUCCCCAUGCCGAUGACACGCCCAGCACUGGCUCCUCCUACGUCUAGCUGGGCUCCCCCCCGCCCCGGUGGGCAGGACCUGAUGUCUGCCAGCCACUCGCCCCGACUCCAACGUGCACAAUAAAGCGACAGUUUCCAAGUUCGGCUGCAUGAGACUCA